AUAGGUUAUGUUCUACAUCCAUGAGCUCAACAGCAGUAUAGUCUAUUAAUGUUUCCCAGUGUUCGGCAUAUUUGAAAAAACUAUAAAAGGACCUGGUGCAUUAUUUAUCCUAUUAUCUCUGGCGCAUUGAUUGUGGAGGAGUUGUGUAGGUCAUAGGAUGCCAGACAUUACACUUAGAGAUUUCUGUUAUUGCAGUUUAACAGACAAGGAUAUCCAAGAAACACAGCUGAGGACGUAGUGUACUUUUGAUUUAACAAAGAACGGAAGAUUAUGGAUGAAGGCACAGUUUCCAACGACUCUGUUCCAGAUUUAAAAGAUUUGGAGGUGAAAAUCGGACGGAAGACACCGGAGGGUUUGCUAAAGUGGAUGCGGGAAGAGGCGUCAACGCAACGCGGAGAUGCCAAGUUGAACUCGCCGGAGACCAAAGACGGAGACAUCAUCACAGAGAGGAAGAGCCUAGAUGAGAAGAUUCGAAAACUAAAAGUCGAUAUGGCCCACCUGCGCUCGGUGGAUGUGAAGAUCCUGCAGCAGCUGCUGGCGGUGCACGAGGGGAUCGAGGCAUGCAAGUGGCUCCUGGAGGAGCGCGGCACCCUGGCCAGCCGCUGCAGCAGCCUGACCAGCAGCCAGUACAGCCUGGGAGAGGGCCCUGGAGGAGACACCUCCUGGAGAGACAGCUGGAGCAGCCUGCAGGACCCCCUCAAUGACAAGCUGGAUAACAUCUCUAUAGGUAGCUACCUGGACACCCUGGCGGACGACAUGGAUGAGUACUGCCCCUCUAGUUCUGAGUAUGCGCUGUGUUCUACUCCACUGGGGACUGAGAUGCCCACUCGGACUGGCGGAGGGACAGGUGCUGGGGUAGGGGCGGGGAGAGGUGCUGGAGUAGGGGCAGUGUCUGGGGCAGAGGUUUUGGCUGGGACAGGAGAUGCAGGAGCUGAGUUAGGACUAGGCACAGGGGGCAAGGUAGUUGUUGGGCCUGGGGCUCCCCAAGUCAAGCCAGAGAUCCCCAAGGAGGAGCCUCCCAUUUGGACUAAGGCCAAAAAGGUUGUGAAAGGAACCACCAUCACCAAGGACUCCAACCAAAUGCAGCAGCCCAGUAAGAGCAAUGGCGUCCUGGAGAAGGCAGUCAGGCAAGCAGGAGGACUUGCUGACUCGGCCCGGGCCUGCCUGGCUGAGAGGCUGGGGAAAAACCAGAGCCCCAAAAUCAAACCCUAUAAGAACGGCAAGAUAGACCUGGAUGGCUGCAAGAUGAACGGCACAAUGCACCUGGAGUAUGACGCCCAUUGGCGAUGGGUGCAGUCCCAGGAUGAUGUUACAUUUCUGUGAUGUAUUACGCCACUAAAGACGCUUAGCCUGCUCCCAUGUGAUGACCAGACAGGUCAAGGGUUAAGAGAGAGGGGUCUUGGACUGGUGUUGUGGUUGAUUGCAGUUAUUAUACAAACUUCUGCCAUUGCCAUUGUACAAGACAUCAGGAGUGGAUGAGUAGGAGAGCACAACACCAUUACACUAUGUUCUAUUCACUCUAAAUGUGACUGCACUAACUUUCUAGAACAUUGACAGUAUUAUAUUUGGGAUAAAGUUGAUAUUUUGUUUACCCUCUCUUCCUGUGUGCAUUGUAAUAUACAGUACCGUAGAAAAUGAACAAUUUCCAAAAUAAAAUAUAUUUGUUACACAUA